AUGAUCCCCGUGACUGUAGUUUUACGUCUUCGGCCACAGGGACCUUACAGUGGCGUGUUGAUUAAGCGUGCUUUUGCUACAACGCCACCGAUCCAUCAUUUGCCUCCACCACCUCCAAAAGAGUUCAAUGCUGACGGCAGCCCUAAAAAAUAUCGCAACUCCAAACCCGUCUACAACCAUAAGUUCAACUGGGAAUAUUGGACCCUUCGCCCAGCCGGUGUUUUCCACACCGUUCUUGUAGGCGAAUUCGGCAGACAGCACAAACCAUGGACUGCCUGGGUACUGCAAUACCCGAUCUACAUUGUUGCUAUACCAUCGGUACUGACCAUAUUCACCCUCGCGUUCUUAUUCCAGAACAUGAUGCUUAUUGGUGUUAAGCCGAAAAGGUACACCAUCGAAUGGAUUGAGGCACAAAAGGAGAGGGAGUUGGCGGAAAACACUAACCCUAUUUCAAGGUACCUAGACCGUAGACGAAGUGAGCGUGGAACCAACUGGAUGCUACGCAACUACAUGCCAAGUCACCCAUACUUUUUAUUCCUUGGCGAUUACUACAAGGACCCUGACGCUUAG